AGUGCAUGUGUUACUCGACGGGGACGUCCCCUCGGGCCUGUUCGUCUCCGGAUGAGUGUCAGUGCGACCAGCGCAGCGGACAGUGUCCCUGCCUGCCCAACGUGGUCGGUCAGAACUGCGACCGCUGCGCCCCCGACACCUGGAACAUCGCCAGCGGGACGGGCUGCCAGCGCUGCGACUGCGACCCCGUCCACUCCUUCGGAUCGUCCUGCGACGAGGUCACAGGACAGUGCCGGUGUAAACCUGGGUUUGGAGGGAAGACGUGUCGGGAGUGCAGAGAGCUGUUCUGGGGGGAUCCAGAGGUCAAAUGUCACG